AUGUUCACCACACUACCAGAUUUUACGCCGCGAGAUUCGCAUUCUUUGUGGUAUAGAUCUUCUCGCAGCUCAUAUAUCCCACCAGGACCUCUCGACGACUUUAGUGGAGACCCGCAUAGCCAGCAACAUGUCGCAAACCAGGCACGGCAACGCACCAAAGUCAUCGAGCGCUCAGCUCUUGCUCGACUUGCCGCCGAUGAGCAGUACAUGCAACGGAGACGAUUGAACAUCCAGAAUUAUGGUAGCGGCUGGCUGAAACCACCGGGUGUUCCUAAGACAUUGCACCAGAUGCGCGAGGAGAAGCGGGAACACGAAGAGCACCUGGAGGCUGUCCGUCGGGAACAACUGGCCCAGGAGCUGGCAGAGGCAGAAGCUGAGGGAGUGCCUGGCGAGGGCGAGGGGACUAUGGACGAUGUGCAACUUGACGGAGCCCAGGAUCUAGAUGAUGAGAUUCCAGAUGCUGAAGAGGAAGGCUAUGCUUUUGGCGAUGAUGACGACGAAGAUGAAGAUGAGGAAGAAAGUGAUGAGGAAGAAGAAGAGGAAGAGGAAGACGGCGACGAGACAGACGAUGAAGCCGUACGAGCUGAGCGCGAGAACGAUCUUAUAGCCGCCCGUAUGAGAAUGGGCGACGACGCUUUUCGCGAAGCACUCGUCCGCGGCGAGCCAGACGCCGACGAUAUGUACGGAGACACCGAAGAUGCUGAAGAGGAGGAAGACAACGGCGAACUUCUCGGCGAGGAUGAUUUCGUCCAGGAUGACGAUGGUCUCGGCAUGGACAUGGACGCAGAUCUGGAUGAGGACAUUCCCGAGGCUAUGAGCGGCGGCUACGAGCACACCGACUCUGAAGCCGGAAUCUCCAGCAGCGAACACCAGUCCUCCGAUGACGACGAGGAUGAUGAAGACGACAUCGAUGUCAGCUUUGCACCUCGCUCUACAACCCUUCCUCCUCCAAUGUCACCGACCUUCCCCGGCCGUUCCAGCAUGGCACAUCCCCGCGCCAGCAUGGACCUGAGUAACCUGCUCUCGCAGGACGGUAGCAGCUUCAUGCACAGCAGUCCCGUGGGCCGUCGUGCCCGGCACGGCUAA